GGUUACCAAGAAUUUUCCGAUGUGACCGCUGAUCCUCCGGUUCAAAUAAAAGCCAUAUAAUUUGCCAACGUCCUACUAACAAUUUUGAUAAAGUGGAUCUGAAAUGGACAUCAAUGAUGUAGUAGUCCAGAAGCUUCACACAUAGCAUAGAACUGUGUUCUUCUCUAUCAGAGUAAUAGCUGGUGAUCAAGAGGUGAAUGAAGACACUGGAGCCAGAGCCAAGAUGGCAGCCAUGGCAAGAAACAUCUCCAAGGACUGGACCUACCUCUAUGAGAGGCUCUUCUCCAAGCUGUCCGAUGAGGGCUUCCACGACAUGUGGAGCAUUGGUGGCUUCCUCGUCGUAUUCAUCUUCUGCACCAUCGUCAUCACCCUGACUCUAGCUGUCAUAUUCAGCUGGUGCUGUGGCUGGUGCUUCGAACAGCCGAUCCUGGGGUCCAGCAAGAUCAGCGUGCUGCUCUCGCCACCAGAACUGUCCAGACAGAAGUCUAUGCAGACACAGGCACCCAGUUUAUCGAAACAGAGCCUGUCCAGACAGAAGUCUAUGCAGACACAGACACCCAGUUUAUCGAAACAGAGCCUGUCCAGACAGAAGUCUAUGCAGACACAGGCACCCAGUUUAUCGAAUCAGAGCCUGUCCAGACGGAUAUCCACCUCGAGGUCUAUGAUGGAUCCAAAGCAUCCCAUAGAGUCCGUUUGGAGUCCUGAGUCUGUGCCCGAUGUGCAAAAGACUGAGAAAAGCAGCAAGAACAAGAAGCUUAAAGCUGGAUCUGCGAAAGUAAAGAGUAAAAUCCAACCUGCAUCCAGGAUUGUGAGGAACAGAGAUGUACCAGUAUAGCUUCGGGCUACCAGACCAAAUCUGCUUUUGUACCUAUGUGUCUGACGGACCUCUGUGACAGCCUCAUUAGAUGUUUCAAGUAAAGCCUCUCAAUUUCAAGUUGUAUUAGUCAUCUGUGCAGGAUACACAUGGUAUACACUGUCCAAUGAAACGCUUACUUGCAUUUUUGCUUUCCUUACCAAAACGAUCAGUGUUUUGGAAACACGUAAGGUUAGGCUUAUAUGUAGUUGUUGUAGACAUUUAGAGUCAAACACAACAUUAUUUGCAGGGGCCUGUCAUUGAUUUGUGCAAAAUACACAUUAUUUAUUUA